AUGACAUAUGAUGAUGCAGGUCGGGUACAUUGUUAUGAUCGAUCCGUCUACCAGGGCCAGAACCAACUUACUGAGGAUGAAAGGAGAAAGAAGAAAGUAUAUGCGUGGACUGUUGAUGAUGAUAUGGAUUUCAUGCAAGAAAUGUUGUCUGAGCAUGUUGAUGCCAUUGUUACCAGCAAAGCAACCCCAAGGUCUAAUGCAAGAUAUCAGAACACACAGUCUGGAGCACUGUUUCUCAUUAUCAGAAGGAAAAAGUAUGCAGUUGUCACAGGGGCUAAUAAAGGGGUUGGAUUUGGCACAGUUAAGCAGUUGGCUUCAAAUGGGGUCACUGUGGUGUUAGCUGCUAGAGAUGAGAAGAGGGGUCUUGAAGCCGUUGAAAAGUUAAAAGAGUUUGGCCUCUCCGACCUCGUGGUGUUUCAUCAGCUUGAUGUAGCAGACUCCAUUAGCAUUGUUUCCUUUGCAGAUUUUGUCAAAACCCAAUUUGGGAAACUUGAUAUCUUGGUAAACAAUGCAGCAAUUAAUGGAAGCACAGUAACGCCUGAAGCUUUUAAAUCAGCUGCAAGUGGUAGUAAGAAGGCUGAAGAAAUCGAUUGGAGUGCAAUAUCGACAACACCAAACUUCGAGUUAGCAGAGGAAUGCUUGAAAACAAACUACUAUGGUACAAAAAGUGUGACUGCAGCACUUUUGCCCCUCCUCCAGCUAUCCAAUUCACCAAGAAUCGUUAAUGUUUCUUCAGGAGUUUCUAAGCUAACGAAUUUUCCAAAUGCAUGGGCUAAGGAGGUACUAAGUGAUGCUGAGAGCCUUACAGAAGAGAGAAUAGAUGCUGUGGUUAGUAGGUUUUUGGAAGACUUUAAACAAGGUUCUCUAGACUCCAAAAGCUGGCCUCCUAUCUUUCCACCCUAUUCAGUCUCAAAAGCAGCCGUGAAUGCAUACACUAGGAUUCUGGCCAACAAGUAUCCAAGUUUCUGCAUCAAUGCUGUCAGCCCUGGAUUUGUCAAAACAGAUUUGAGCUUCAAUACCGGCAUCUUAACCAUCAACGAAGGUGCUGAAAGCCUCGUCAGGUUGGCGCUGCUCCCCAAUGGUGGUCCUACUGGCCAUUACUUUAGCCGAAAAGAAGUGACACCUUUUUGAAUUUUCAUAGAUGAUAACA